AUGGACACCCCUGGGGUGUGGGUUGGGUAUGUAUCAACCCUUCAGAGGCAAGUUACUGAACUUAAAAAGUCGAACAGCAAACCCAGUCCAGAUACAAUGAACGAAUAUAACAAGAAAGUUGAGUUCCUGAAAGGUCUCAUUGAAACACAGAAAAUGAAAACUCCAACAGACAAGCUGCUUGCCAGUCAACAACUGGUACGUCCAUUGAGUCAGCAGCCUAGCCAAGCUGUGCAAACAGCAGACAAAGGGCGGCAAGCAAGUAAAGGACAAGAAUUACAUAUUAGGGCAAAAUCACAGAUACACAAAGAAAUGACAAAUGAACUGCUGGGAAAUGACAACACAAAAGAUUCUCAAGGCCUGCGGAACAGAUUGUCAGGAGACAAGAAGGGAGACACAAAAGAUGAAAGUAUAGACACUGUGCUGCAAUAUCACCAAAACAUGCAGGAAAACAUUGCCGAAGAAAUGAUCAAAAUGGCACAGAACUUGAAACACUCAUCAGUUGUGGCCAGUAAUAUUAUUAAAGAAGAUAACAAGACACUGGAACAUUCAACAAAGCUUGCAGAUUCCAAUUUUGAAAAACUUAAACGAGAAUCAGAAAGACUUGAGGAGUUAACACAGAGGCCAUGUUCUUUGUGGAUCUGGAUAAUGUUGAUAACAGUUUGCAUCGUAUUUAUGUGGAUGAUAAUAUUUAUACGGCUUUUCCCAAAGAAAUAAAAAUAUAUAGUGGUAAACAAUUAUAUUUUAAAUAUGUAAUAUUUUAUUACUAGAUUGAGUUGACAACACAAUGUUGACAAUAAAAGUGAAAAUGCUAUUGACAAUGAGAAAUCUCCUUAAACUGUAUUUUACGAUAACUGCAGAAAUUCUUGAAUGCUUAUUGUCUAAUUUUCAUUGUCACUAAGUGGACAGACACAUGAAUUUAUAAUUUAUGCAAUGGGGCAACGAGCGAGAGCGGACAAUUAGAUAAUAUAUCAAGAGUGAAGACCAAGAACAUGCAAAAAUGGGGAUAGAAUGUGGAGGUGUUGCUUUGCAUAUGGAGAGAAAUGGUACAGACUGGAAAUUGUUGAAUUUCCAAAAGGCAAGCUAAUCAACUGAACGUUCCAGAAAUUCUGGUAGGAAGUCAAAUGGAAGAGAGUUUCCCAUUAAGAAUUUCAGUAUACCUCCCAAGGUUGUCGUCUUUUCUGGAGGAACCAGAAAAUGCUGUUUGAUUCAGCACUGGAAAGAAAUUCAAACCCAGGAUUUUCCAUUGAAUGGAACGUACCCUAAGUUGAGGACAAAAGUCUUACAUUUCAGGUCUUCCAUAACCCAUUAAAACAUCGAAACACACAAACACCAUUAUUUUUCUACAUGAUUAAAAAAAUUUAAUAGCACAUAGCUGUUCAAUCACAGUUCAAUUCACAGCAUAUCAAUAAUUUCAAUACACUGCUGAGUGGCAACACCGAGCAUGGCUAAAAAUACCUAAAAUUAUUUCACUGCUAAGCUCUCAGCAACAUGGCAAUCUAUAAAUACAAUAAUUCAAAGCGAAAGAAAAAAAGGACCCUACUAUGAUACAUUCAGUAAAGAGGAAAUCGAAUUACUGCUGAUCCAAGAAACUACUUUCUCAACAAGUAAUUUACAGAAAGGAGAAGGCAUUUACAGGGAUAGUAAUGAUAGGAAAAACAACUACAGUUUGUGUAACAUACAUGAUGUACUAGCUAGAGAUGGAAUGCUUCUAUACAAAGGAAAAAUGAGGUCAAACUGACUAAAGGAGAUAUUCACAGUGUAACAGAAAAAAAAGGUAGAAAGAUUCUUCCCUAAAGUCCAUAUAAAUAAAACAAGUAGAACAUCAAGGCUGUGUAAAACCAAGGCAUACAACCUGUGGGAUACACAACUCAAUAUGCAAUGGUUUUCCAGUAAAUUGACAAAUUCAAGUACUCAAAAGGGCAGUUGUGUAAAUAAAGUAAAACAAUGUCUUCA